AUGCCAUCAACGGUGGCAGUGGACGACGCGAUUCGCACGCUGAGCGUGGAGCUGACGAAGGACAAAGACGCCGCUGUUAUCGGCAAAACAGAGGCGGAGAAAACGGUGCUGACGCAUUACGCUGCUAAGGGUCGGCGUCGCGCUGCUAUGGGAGCCAUCGCUGGGUCCUCGGUCAUGGCAGGAUUGUGGAAAAUGUCGAAGAAUCGGCAAAGACUGGCUGGGGCGUUCGCAAUGGUUUCUGGCGGUCUCUUUGGAGCUUCGUACGGUGUCAUAAGCAUUCGUCGGGACUUGCUCUCGGAUCUUCUGAUGCUGCCACCGGACAAGUCGCCUUUUGCAACUCAUGCCAGGACCAUUCUGACGAGCAAGAUACCAGAGAAUACGUUCGUGCAGGAGCUCAACGAGAAGUUCAAGGACUCGCUGGCGACAACUGAUUCGUGGACUGAUGAUGCCGAUGCACCGCGUACUUCUGGACCGAAACCCUCAAUAGGCCUUCCAUCUCCAGCGCACCGUUUCGACAACAAGAGUGACCACAUCAUCUCUUCGACCACGGGCUUCGAUCUGUCGCGUACCAAGAAAGAUCCCAGCGACGAUGAUUUUGGAGAGCCGAAUAACAGUGAAAGCCGCUUGCCGAUCUUUUUCGGUGCAAAGCCUUCGUCGGAUGAGGCUUCGGACGAUGGCAACAACAAUACUCCACUUCCUCGCGACCGCUUUACGCGGGAUACUCGCCGCUCGAAUCCCGACAAGAAUGCGGCGCCACUGCGCCACGACGAAGAUGACUACUUUUUCGACGUAGCCGGCAGUCAGGAUGCUCCAGUCCAACCCACUACUUGGGAAGAAAUCCGACGUCGGGCUGCAGAGCAGCGCAAGUGA